AUGAGCAGCUAUGGGUCGUUUGAGACAGACCAAAACGCGACUCAAGCCAAGAGUGGAGGACCGGCAAGACAUCCGCAGCCGGGGACAAGCAAUAGUUCAUCAAAGGGAUCUUACCUCAAGACCCAGGGACAGAACAGCCUCACGAUGGUCGCAGGUGGAGUUACCAACUUCCACUCGGAGUUCCGCAACGAUCCGGUGGUAAAGGAAAUGCGGCAACUGCGCGAGGAAAAUGCUCGCCGUCAGAAGCACGAUUAUUCGCAUGUGUUCAGGAAUAAAUCACGAUUUGAUUUCAUUCGAAUCUCAGCGGUCAUAAUGGGCAUGGAGUUCGUCUACUCCGCCGAGACGGCAUUCGUAUCACCGAUCCUGCUUGGGAUCGGCAUCGAGCAUCAUCUGAUGACGAUGGUUUGGGGCAUUUCGCCUCUGAUCGGCUUCUUCAUGUCACCCGUUAUUGGAUCUAUUAGUGAUCGGUGUCGAUCGCGGUUUGGCCGUCGUCGGCCGGUACUGCUGGUGCUUGGUUUGGGUCUCAUAACUGGUUGUUUGCUGGUGCCGAAUGGGAAAGAAAUCGGUUCAUGGUUCGGUGAUCUGGGAGAAACCAUUCCUGGCACGGUGAUAGAACCGGCAACCGCACUGCUGAUUGAUCUCAAUGGUACGAUCUCAAGCGACGCUUUCCACGCGUAUAAUUUCUACAAAAUCGAAAGUGAAAUAGCCGAGCAUAGGCCGGACUAUCGGUGGGCAAUCGUGAUCACGAUCAUCGGUACCAUUAUGACCGACUUCAAUGCCGACAACUGCAUGACACCGUCGAGAGCUUUUCUGUUGGACAUUUCCUUGCCAGAGGAUCAUGGCCGUGCAUGCAGCACGUUCUCUAUUUUAGCUGGCAUGGGUGGUUCGAUAGGAUACGCAAUGGGUGGAAUCAACUGGGACGAAACAUCGUUCGGUGAGCUGCUUGGUGGAAGCAUAAGGACCGUCUUCACAAUGGUGUCGGUCAUAUUUGCCAUCUGUCUCACUAUCAGUUUGACAAGCUUCCGGGAAAUACCUCUCCCGUUGCUCGAACAGGACGACCUGUUGCGGCCAUUGACAGAAACGAUUAUCAAGAAGGAAAAAGCUCGCCGUCAAAAUCAGAUUUUUGUCGUGAAGGGUGUCAGUAAGGCGUUGACCGCGCAGCUCCAGUCAAUCCAAACGCCCGAGGAUGGUGCGACACAAAAGAUCAACAACGCGCUGGUCGACGUCGAGAGAGCUCCACGUCCGAAGGAUGGCACUGAAGAGGAAGAAGAAGAGGAGGAACACUUCGAAAUGGGACCGAAGGACUUCAUCAAAAGCAUUGUCAUGAUGCCAAAGUCCAUCGCUAUUCUGUGCCUUACGAAUCUGCUCUGUUGGAUGAGUCACCUGAGCUACUCGCUGUACUUUACGGAUUUCGUCGGUGAGGAGGUGUUCCGAGGUGAUCCGGCGGCACCGACAUACUCGGAUGAGUACAAGCUGUUCCUGGAGGGCGUAAGGUACGCGUGCUUUGGCAUGGCGAUCUAUUCUAUUUCUUGCUCCACCUGCUCCUUCACGAUCGAGAAGCUCAUCAAGGUACUGCGUGCUCGCACUGUAUACUGCGGCGGUCUCAUAAUUGACGCGAUCGGCAUGGCCUGUAUGGCGUUUUUCCCGAACAAGGUGACCGUAUACGUGCUCAGUGCCACGGGAGGAAUCGUAUAUGCGCUUCUCUUCACGAUGCCAUUCUUGCUGAUCGGACAGUAUCACGCAAAGGGAACGUUUAAAGUUACCAAACCUGGAGCUGAAGCUAAGCAAGAACGGAAACGCGGCCUGGCCACGGAUAUUGCCGUCGUUGGGGGGAUGAUUUUUAUCGCCCAAAUUAUCGUUGCUGUUGGAAUGGGCUCACUUAUCACGUAUUUUGGCACAACCGCUGUCGUCGUGUACAGUGCCAGCAUUUGCAGCCUACUUGCCUCGGUAAGCGCUUCUCAGGUCGUUUACAUGGAUCUUUGA